AAAAAGGAUGUAGUAAUAAGGAUUUCUGCAGCUGGCAUAAUAAGACAUGGGCCAGCUGUAAUGGAGUUCAAAAGAGGAAAAACUUUCAUAAAAUCUAGCAUGCAUCUGACUCAUGAGAAGCUACCAUUAGUGCACAUACAUCCUAGAGAAAAGGAUAAUGUCAAAGCAGACAUAAAAGAGAAGAGCCAGCUUGAUGUUGAAAUUCAAAAAGCAACUUUUUCUGCAGAUAAAAAUGGCAGUUUUCCCAACAGAUUAACAAAAACUGGCUCUAGUGAGAGUAUACUGUUGCUACCCCAAUCUUUCUACAAGCCUGUUAAGAAAAGCAAAACCCAUGACUGUGUUCUAGGAGGAAUAAACAAAAUUGAACCAUGCAGCUACAAUGAUGAAAAUUUGAAAGAGGAACAUUUAGCUUCUGAAAAAAGCAAAGGAAGACUCAUCAAUAGUGCCAGCUUUUCUGGGCUUGAAAACACCCAACAUUCUAGUGGCAAGAAAGAAUCUGUGGUUAACUCAAGCCAUUUUUUGAACAGCCCUCAACAGAUGAUUGAUUACCGCAACUUUGUACCCCAAAUGCCCUUUGUGCCAGCUGUUGCCAAAAGCAUACCUAGGAAGAGAAUUUCCCUGAAACGGUCCAAAAAAGGUUUCCGAGAUAUCUUUCAUAUUAAAAAAAACAAGCCUGAGAAUAUUGCCUUGUUUUCAGAAAAGCAAAAAAGGGCAUUUCCAGGCUAUAAGUCAGAAUUGGCAGAAAAGUUUGGUAAAUAUUUAUUCAAAGCUGGUGAAACCUUUUCUACUGACUGCUUGGCACAAGACUUAUCUGAUGGUGAACUUCAGUCUGAGUCUUCAUAUGAAUAUUCAAGUACUUUGUGUGAAGAUGUUGCUUCCUUGAAAAGCUUUGAUUCUCUCACGGGAUGUGGAGAAAUCUUUGCAGAUGAAAGUUCUGCUCAUAUGGAAUUGGAGGUCAGCAAAGAAAUUUUGUUUAGACAAUCUCACCAAAAAGAGAAUCCUGCCACGGGUUCCUUUCAAGGAGGAGUAGAGCAGCUUGCUUCCCCAGCUCAAAAUGAAGCAGCUGAUUUUUCCAAACUUUGGGACAAUAUCAAUAAAUCUGUGCAAUUGCACCAGAAGACAUUGUUUGAUAGGAGUUUGCUGACUAUACCUACCAGUGAGCUGGAAAAAGCAAAGAAGGAAGCCAAAGGCUUAGUGACUGACUUGCUUUCUUCUCCUGAUUCUUCUAAAGAAAGCUCCAUAGAUACAGGGACCCCAAAGAGUGACAACCAGGAAUCUAUGUCAACUAGUGAUGAAGGAUAUUAUGAUUCAUUUACUCCUGGGCAUGAUGAUGAAAUAAGGGAGGUUCAAUCCCCUGGAACCCCAACUCAGUUUCCAAGAGACAGUUACAGUGGAGAUGCCCUGUAUGAACUAUUUUUUGAUCCUAAUGAAGAUCAAAUCAGUCCAGUUCUAGAUGAUGAUUUAUGCUUCUCUGAAAGCAUUUCAGAAAAGGCAGUUGAGAUACCUUUAUCAAUUUACAGCUUUCACGUAGGGUCAGAAGAAAAUAUGGCUUCCCAGCCAACUAUUGACAUAAUCAGUCAGGGAUUCCUUCAUAGCACAUGGAAGGGCAAAGAAUGCUUGCUUAAGCUAUGUGAUACCGAGCUUUCCCUGACCAUGGGGAUUAUCAAUUGGCUGCGAAAAAAACCAGGACUGUUUUCCUCCCAAGACUUUCCUAAUAAUCCUCAGACACAGAUGAGAAAAGAUGAUGAGUCAAUGUCUCAAUGCAUCCCAGAUCUUAAAGAAAAUAAAAGCAAUCCAGGGGCAUCUUCAACUGAUAUCAAAAGUGGAAGCCAGACAUAUUCAGUAAAAAGAAUUGAACAUGAUCAAAAUGAUAGCCAUGCAUGUAGCUUUCUUGAAAGAGAAGAAAAUGUGAAUGUCAUGUCUGAGCUCACAAUUGACAAUGGCACACCAGGUGACAGACAAAGACUAGAGGACAGUUGGGAUGAACUAUUGGUAAAUUCAUCUGAAAUAAAGGUGUCUCUCUCAGAAGAAUGUACAGAUAUUAGCAUCGAAUCUCUGCCACUAGAAGUCUCAAAUGAAGAUUCAGUUUGUGACAUUGUUAUGGAUAAUCAUGAUGCAGAAUCAUGUUCUUCUUACAUGACUGCAGCAACUUCUCCAGAUUCUCUAGAACCCGAAGAUAACAGUGAAUUAAAGAAUCAAUCCUGGUCUGUUGAAUGUAAGGAUCCAAUGGAGCCAUUGAGCUUUGAUCAUUCUCAAGGUCCUGUUAGUGAGACUUCAGAGGAGAAUAAUACUGACAUAAUGCAGCUUUUAGAACAUUGUGUUACUCAAGCUGCUUCUUUAAAGAUUGGUUAUGAUUCUAAAAGCAAGCCUUUCAAAGAUAAAGGGACUGGCAAUGAAAUGAACAAUGACAUAGCAACAACAACUCAAUUUAAAAAACAAUCUCAGUUACAAAAUGAACAUACUGACAUAACCCCAAGGCCAAAGUAUGUUCUUGGCCAUCAUGCAAGCCAAUAUAAUCUUCAAACAACAAUUGAUGCCAAGUCUUCAUAUCUUAGGAGUCAGAAAGAAAAUAUCAUUUGUUCUGAAGAUGAAAAAAACUUAAGUAUCUUAGAUCGUGUGGGUCAAAUUACAAAGAAUAAACUAAUGUUUGAAUAUGCUCAACUGAAUAGUCAAGCCUUGUCUUACAUCAAAGAUUUCAGAGUUGAACGUAAUACUCAGAAGUCUUCUCCAAUGUCAGACAUUUGCAGACCUACAUUUUUACCAUUCUUCAGUUCCAUUUGCUCAGAUUCAGCCAAUCAAUUGUCACAAUCUUUGUGCAAAAGGUUCCGUUCAUUGGGGAAGGAUUCAUACAAUCAAGGGAUUAUACAACCUGACCUGCCUUUUGAUAGCUAUUCAAAAUUACAGUGUAAAGUAUUACCACAGGUUGCUUCACUUUCAAAGGAUGAUGUCAAAGACAGGACAAUAAUGGAGAAAAACCAGGAGUAACUGGCUGAAAUAAGGUAUAACUCUAAAGAAAACAGCCCUUCCUCUCCAUUCUAUAAAAAAUGAAUUUCUUCUCAAGUGAGGUAAGAAACUGGUGCCACCAAUGACAGAAAACUAAUGAAGAUACAUCUGUGGAUAAUCGUGUUCCUCUUAAUCUCCUACCAGAAGAAUUUGGAUUUAAAUAAUUUAAAUAAUAGAAUAUUCUUGUUAUUUUAUUCAUUGAAUGCAUCUGACAAAUGAAAGGAGAAACCUAGAUUCAGGAACUGGUCCUGCUGAGUCAAAUGUAAAUGCCUUUUAUUUUUAGAAUACAGGUAUAUCCUUUCCUCAUAAUUCUAUUUGAUGUGGGCAAUUUUGAGAAAUUUCAGAACAUGUAAGGAUAUAUGCCACGAUUCCUAUUAAAAACACUACCCCAGCCCAGAUAAGAUUGUUGUUUGCAUACAAUGGAUGCAAAUGAAUGUAUUCCUAAACAUUUAAGGAUUUCUGCAUGCAAAUGGGUGCUUCAUAACUUUUAACAUAGAUGAAACCUUGCCAAGAAAUGAGCUAAUAUGAUGAUAAUCAGCAAUGCAUCUGCAUCCAGCUUUCACUUUUCUUCUUUCCCAUCCACCACAAAUGGCUGAUACAGUUCUUGAUUGUACUUCAGCUCACAAAUAAGUCUUUUUUCAGAUCAGGGAAUGACUCCUAAAGAGCCAUGGCGAUAUGUAUGUAAUACUAGAUUAAAGACCAUUUUCCAUUGAAAUACAGUUUAAUACUAUUGGUUAUACCACGAUUCACCAUUGUGCCUGAUUUUAAUCAUUUGAGCCCAUGUGAUUUCAUCUACAAUACAGCUGAUUAGCCCAAACUACUGUACACGUAAUAUCAGGCAUUAGAGGUAUUUAAAACCCAUCUCCUGAAUUUGAUAGGAAAACUUAGAUGGAAAAUGAGAUUCAAGCAGUAAAUAUUAUAUAUGUGAGAACUUCCCUCCUAUUUAUGCUCUUGAAGUUUCUUUGUGUCAACCCCUGCCUAAUUUUAUUUCCAUCUAUCUCACUUCCCAUAUCAGGAUCUCUGUUGGGAAGAGUGGGGUUACUAUAGUUGGAUUUCAAAAACAAAUGCCAGGGCACUAUCUCAUGUUAUGGGAGCAAAUGACAGAGCAAUGAACAUCAGGAAGAUUGGAGGCACGUACAAAGCUGUUCUCUGUUCUUCUUUUAAAAGCGCAUUGUAGUCAAAGUUUGGUCAGCUGAGCAAGAGCAUGGUUUUCUUAAUAUUUUUCUUUGAAAAUAUAAUUCCAGAACAUGGUGCCUAUUUCCAAGAGAAAUAGUUAAAGUUGCAUCUAUUGCUGUCCAGAGGAGUUUAUUGUUAAGAGUCUAAGAUUAUCUAGAUGCCUCAGUGGCUGGGAAAAAAGUGUCUUCUGAGAGGUAAACUUUGAGUGAAUUUAGUUUUGUGUUUCAGACUUGGCACUCUUUUUGUUCAUCAGAACCCCCUUUGGAUAUGAUUUGACUUGUUAAAUAUGAUGAAUUGUAAAUAAAAUCUCUGUUGCCAUAAAGUCUUUCUUCAAGUGGAAGGAGAAUGUUCUGCAAGAGAUUUCAUUUCCAUCAUGGAUUUACAGUGUUGUAUUAGUUCCAAUCAUACAGGAUAUAAUUUUUCUUUCUAUAAUAUCUAUAAUGCUAACAUGAUUGAAGAAAUUACAUGUGAAACAGCAGCAGUAAAAAGAUAUGUGCACAGACAAAUGCUGCUUUCGCGCUCGGCAACAAUGAUGACCCUGUUCUAAUUCAUGUGCCAGAUUUUCACUGGAUAUAAAAGAAAAUUCAUGCCAAGACUACAAUAUCUGAAUGUUCACUUAAUGUUGCAAUAUGUUUUGCACUGGAAGGAAUGCAUUCUCAGGACACUAAUCUUUUUCUCUACUCUGUUAAAUUAGUUUAUGUCCAAACUAAAGUUUUUAAAGUUGCAAGUCAAAGCCUGAAUAAAUAUUCUUCUGAGGCACAAACUUUUUCUCCUAGUGCUUGCAUAUAUCUUUUUUAGUCUGCUUCUGCUUUUGCUUCACUUCAUUUGAUUAAUUUUUACUGUACAUAUUAUGUAGGAGCCUCUUUCCUAAACCAGGAAUUUAGUACUUUUAGUUGGGUUUCUCCAGACUUAGAAAAAUUAGAGCCAAAAUAGAGAUCAUUUUUUUCUGGGUAUUUUACCUCAUAUUCCAGUAUGGCUUCCUUGGUACAAUAAUUAAUGGUGAGUUCUUAACAAUAUUUAGUCUGUACAGAAUUUGAAUUCUGUGGGUUAGUUGUUCAUUGGAUGCUUCUAGGAAAGUAUCAGCUUAUUGGUGAUUGGGAAUGGUGUUAGUUUUAUUCUAAUUGGUCUGUCUUAUCAACUAGUGGUUGUGCAUGGUUUGAAUUACCUGAACAGAGUAAAGUGCAUCCAGUUCCAUCAAUUUGUUGAUGACUCCUUUAUUUCGAUGCCAGCCUUCCAUGAAUUGUCUGACCUUUCUGCUGUUGGCAUGCUUACUGGUCUCUCUCAGUCUGGAUAACCCAACUAAAAUAUGAAUACAGUAACAAAUCUGGGCUACCAUCAUCCCAAGAAAUCACUAGUAACUUCUUCAGUAAAAUUUCUUUGCAUAGCAUAUUAAGAAUAAGAUUGAUGUUUUGAAGUUAGCUGUGUAUGUUAUGCUUACUGAGUAUCCCACUCUACAAAAAUGUUAUCAAUUGGCUUAAGCACUAUGUAAAUAAAUACAAUUUUGUCUCAGAAUGUCUAUAUAACAUUUGAACUAUUCUCCUCAUGUUGUAUCAGAUGUAUAAAAUUAUACUUGCUGUAUUACAGUGGUUAGUUAAUUGCAUAUCCACAUUACUUGAUGUUUAUUUUAAGAUGAUUUUGAUGUUUGCUUUGGAUAUUAUUUAUAAUGUGCCUUUGUCUCUGUCAUUAUUCAAUAACUGCCAGUGCUACUAAUUGUUCUUACUAUUAUUAUUUCAUGAAGAUAUCCAUUUUAUAUUGAAAUAAAUAUUGGGCCUAUUUAUUUCUGCCAUUAUGACAAAUGAAGAAACAAAUUCUAAGUGAAUGCAGUAACAUGACUGCAAAGCAAAAUAUGGGAAUAAAUAUAAAUAGUGGCACUAGUGAUAACUGUGCUUUUUCAUGUAAUAACAUAGAGGAGGCAAUUGAAGUUUCAGCACUAUAGCUCCCAUACAGAGUUGUAGAGUUUCUUCUUUCUGGCAGAGAAUGUGUAGCAAUAGCACUUAGACUUAUAUACCACUUCACAGUGCUUUACAUACCUCUCAGAGUCAGUUUACAGAG